AUGUCCAGCUGGCAAGACAUCUGCCAGUUCAAGCGCGGGCUGCAAGCUGGAAACAUCCCCUUCAAUUGGCGUCUGAAAUCGCUCCCCGAUGACUACAAGUCAUCCAUACCAAUUGUCGAAAGCUGUGGCAUCUUGACAGCUGAGGAACUGGCAAUCACUAAUACUGACGCUUCGAUCUUGGUUCCAAAGCUACAAAUUGGAGAGUUGACUGCCGUCAAGGUCGUCACUGCUUUCUGCAAACGAGCUGCAGUGCUGCAGCAAUUGACAAAAUGCUGUACUGAGCUCAUGUUCGGCGAUGCUUUGGAGACUGCCGAAAGGCUUGAUGAAGAGUUCGCAAAGACUGGAAAGCCAUCUGGUCCUCUUCAUGGUCUACCGAUUUCUCUAAAAGAUUGCUGUGAGGUGGAAGGCUACGAUGCUUGUGUUGGCUGGGCAGGCUUAUGCUUCCAGCCUAUUGAGCAACACAGUGUGUCUACCAUUGCACAGGCUGUACGUCUUGGGGCUGUCUUGUAUGUCAAAACCAACGUCCCACAAAGCAUGAUGAUGUCGGACAGUUACAAUCACGUUUUUGGACAGAGCGUCAACUCUUUGCAUCGUGGACUUGUCUCAGGUGGUUCUUCAGGUGGUGAGGGAGCACUAGUGGGUGGUCGAGGCUCGGUCAUUGGUAUUGGCACUGAUAUUGGCGGUUCGAUCCGCAUCCCAGCUGCUCUGCAAGGCAUAUAUGGCCUUUGUCCUUCUGCCUUCAGAGUGUCAUGGCGUAGAGCAGCCAACCACCAGGAAUAUUUAAUUCCUUCGGUUGCCGGGCCUUUGACUUGGUCUCUGGACUCACUCAAGACAUACAUGGAAGCCUACUGUUCGAGUAGUCCCUGGCAAAUUGACCCUAGUCUCCCGCCUAUCCCAUGGAGAACCGAACUCACCAAGCUACCUUCUGGCCAGAAGCUCAAACUCGGGUUCAUCCACAAUGACAGCUACGUGCUGCCUCAGCCACCCGUCCAGCGAGCAAUGAACCAUGUUCGUGAACUUUUUACCACAGCUGGCCACGAAUGCAUCGAUUGGGACUCAUCCUCGCAACCAACAUCCUACUACGAACUCUGGGAACCAGCCAUCCUCGCGGAUGGAGGUGAAGGCUGUGAAGCCGCUUGCAAUCUUUCAGACCCUCCGCAACCACUGAUCGAAGGCACGCUAGUCGGUAAACUGGAGCACAAACUCGAUCUAUCACAGCGUCAAGCCUUGGCUCGCAAGAUUUUGGAGUACAAGCAGAUGUAUGCUCAAAAGAUGCUCGACUCAGGCGUCGACGCCAUCAUUGCGCCUGUGCUGCCUUGGGUUGGCUACAAACCUAAGCAAUGGGUUGUCAGUAGUCAAUAUGUGGGCUAUAGUGCUCAUUGGAAUCUGCUUGACUAUUCUGCACUAACUGUGCCGACUGGCGUGGUUGCAGAUAGAGAGUUGGACAGCAUUGAAGCCUGUCCUGGAUGGAAAGAUCAUAAACCAAAGAACAAGAGUGAUGAGUUCAACCAUGCUCAAUAUGAUCUUGAAUUGGUGCAAGGCAUGCCUAUAGGCGUGCAACUUGUUACCGGACACUACGGCGAGGAGAAAGCGAUCAUGGUCGCAGGAGUCCUGGAAGAAUUGCGCAAGAGUACACAAGCCUAA